AUGGAGAAACGCGACAUGAGUCCUUCCAUCGCCGACUCCCAGGAGAUCGAAUCGCUAUAUCUGGAACUAGACACGCCGCUCCCCACACCAUGUAUCUCUCUGCCACCAGGACCAGGCCAAUCCGCGGCGCCUGAACCACCAAAUCUGGAAAAAUACACAUCGCCGUUUUUGUGGCCGCGAUGGCGCAAGUCCCUUAUGACGUAUAUUUCUUGCGCUGUGACGGCUCUGGCUGGUUAUUCGGCUGGCGAGGUUAGCCCGGCAUCAGAUGAACUGUGCAAAGAAUGGGGCAUCAGUUCUGUUGUCUACAACCUCAGUAUCACCCUCUUUUGUGUUGGGUUCGCCCUGGCCCCUAUGGUUCUCGCACCCUUUUCAGAAAUCAAUGGUCGACGCCCCAUCUUCAUUGCCAGUGGAGUCCUGUUCGUUGCUUGCUUACUGGCAUGUGGAGGAACUCACAUUUUUGCCGGCUUGCUUAUUGCCCGUUUUUUCCAGGGCGUGGGUGGCUCGACAUUUUCCACUAUGGUCGGCGGUGUCAUCAGCGAUAUCUACCACGCUGAGGACCGAAACACACCGAUGGCCCUCUUUUCAGGAUCUGCGCUAUUCGGAACUGGCCUUGCGCCCCUGCUAGCAGGCGCCGUGGUCACGCAUACCUCCUGGCGUUGGAUCUACUACUCACAUGCCAUGGUUUCGGCUGUCUUUGUCGUUAUCAUAUUUUUCUUCUUCAAAGAGACCCGCGGCAGUGUUCUGUUGAGCCGGAAGGCAAAGGCCCUCAAUGCCUACUACGAACAGUUGGAGAAGGCAGGCCACCACGGCGUCUUCAUGUCUAGUGACGACUCAUCUGAAAAGGUAGUGAAGCGGAUUCGAUGGAAAGUCAAGAGUGACGAGCAGCGUGAUUCCUUGGCUACUAUGAUUCAGAUCUCCGUCUACCGGCCGUUUCACAUGCUUGUCACAGAGCCUGUCGUUUUCUUUUUCUCUGUCUGGGUUUCUUUCAGUUGGGCCACAUUGUAUCUUCAAUUCAGUUCCGUCCCUCUGGUCUUCCGCACGAACCAUGGAUUUAACGUUGAGCAGACUGGAGCUGUGUUCACCGCUAUGUGUGUCGGUGUUGUCCUCAUCACGAUCAUAAGUAUAACGCAAGAAAAAAUCGCAGCGCGAUUCGGAAAGCUCUCCUCGUCCGCCGAAGGCCGACUGUAUUUCGUCUGCGUGGAAUCCAUAUUGCUACCUAUCGGCCUGUUCUGGUUCGGGUGGUCAUCGUUUCCCUCCGUGCACUGGAUCGUACCCUCGAUGGCUGUGGGCUGUGCGACUAUGGGUAUCUUUUCAAUUUAUUUGGCUACUUUCAACUACCUGGCAGAUGUCUACCACAGAUACGCCAGCUCAGCAAUUGCCGCGCAGUCUUGCUGCCGUAAUCUUCUUGGUGGAGUUUUCCCACUGGUGACAACUGCAAUGUUUACGAACCUGGGAUUUCCCGAGGCCUCGAGUCUUCUCGGUGCUAUUGGUGCUGUACUUACCCUCGUACCUUGGGUCCUAGCCUUUUAUGGACCAAGAAUUCGGGCAAAUAGCAAAAUGGCCAGCGAUCUUGCUCAUUAA